AUGAUCUCGAUAUUAGCGUUGCUCGCCGGCUUGGCGGCCGGCCAGCAGACAUUCCAGAACACGAUUUUUGAUCUGCCUGCGCAGCUUGGCGGCGAGCCGGUCGGCGUCGCUGCUCAGGCUCAGGGAGCACCACUAUUUGUGCAGGCUCCCGAUGCUCAGAAGCCGCCGCCGCCGGCUAACGCUGCCGCUGCUGCUCCGGCUCAGCAGCCACAGUUGCCGCAGGCUCCUCCACUCGCCACCACACCUGCGCCCUUCACCCUUCCAACGUUGGCGCCAUUCACCCUGCCGUCGCAUCCAACACUCCCGCCAUUCAGUCUUCCAACUCAUCCCACUAUUGCGCCCUUCACCUUCCCCACCCAUCCACCAUUGGUGUUCCCGACGCCAACGACUCCAGCGCCAUUCCUUCCGCCAAGCCCAUACGCGUUUGUUCCGCAGUCUGGAUUCCCACAACAAGGUCAACAAGCUUACAAUGGAUACCCACAACAGCAAUAUUACAAUCAACAGCAACAACAACAGUAUUACUAUCCACAGCAAUUCCAGCAACAAACACAACAACAAAAUGGAUAUAAUCAGCAGCCGCAAUACUAUAAUAACAAUAAUAAUAAUAAUAAUUACUACCAAGGACAACAACAGCCACAACAGCAGACGCAACAGCAGUUGAACGGUGUUCAGCAACCAUUGGUUCAGCCACAGCAGCCGCAACAGCCUUCUGUUUCCCAGGCGCAGUCGUUUGAAGCUGGAGCACAGAUUGUUCAUCCAAUUCAGACGAUCCAGCCACAUCCAGAGCAGGUGCUUCCAGUGCCGCAGAAGCCGGUCGCCAAUGCCGUCGCAACGCAGGUUGUCGACACCGCCACCUCGUCGAAGAAGGCGAAUGAGUUCAACAGCAAAGCGGAAAAAGAGAAGACGGCAACGAUCGAGAAGGCGUCGCUCGACGCCGAAAUCGAUGCCAAAGUCGAUCGUCACGCGUGGUUCAACCCCGACUACGACGCGACCGAAUGCCGAAAAUCGUUGAAGGGCAUCGGCGCGAAAUUCCAGAAGAAGUUCCCGUCGUACUUGCAAAAAGGCGGAAAAGACCAAGAGUUGUCGCAGCUCGUCGAGCAACGUCUCAUCGAAUGCGAUCGAAAAUCGACGGCGUCACAUUGGGACAAAGUCGACACGCUCCUACAGAAGAUCAGUUUGACGAAGAGUGAAGAGGGCGAAUGCCGCGCCGGUUUGAUUCAGGAGCGCAUCUCAUGCGUCAAUUUGCUCAAAUACGCGUGCCAGUUCGUCGACGCCGCCUACCACUUCAAAUUAGUGCCGGCGCGAUUGACGAUCCAAGAGGCGCGACAGGCGGAAAGCGGCGCCGAGAAAUGCCGGCAAGUCGUGCGAAUUGUGAAGCAGCGACUUGAAGCGGGCGCCGCUGUUCUCUAA